GUCCUACAACCUGACCACUGAUCGCUAGCGUUACAUGACAGGUUGUUUGGUGUAUUAUUCUAGGUGUGGGCGUUUACCGUAAGUGAGACAAAUUUCUUGCACGGUUGCCGAGGAUACCAAACAAACUUUGGGACCGGGCUAGUUGUAGGCUAACCUACAUACGCGCAUUUGAGCGUGCGACAUCGCCGGUUGAAUAUGUUUGACCUCACGGCGAAUCUGCACUCUCUGCAAUUCGAGGCUGGCCUGACUGACGAAGAGAAGAAAAUCACUUAUCUGCGCUCGCGAUGUGCAGCUCAAACAGCGUGCAGCUGCGCGCACGCCUUAUUUUACUGUAAACUGGCCCACAGCUUCAGGACACAUCUGUUGAAGCUGACUGACUCCAGUGCAGGUGGGGGGACCCAACGCGAGCUGACCCAACUGACCCAGAGCGAGAUGACCCAGCGCUUGACCCAACGCGAGCUGACCGUGGGGAUCAUCGGUGGGGGUCACCUGGGCGAGCAGCUGGCACGAGCACUGCAGAAGCACACCUGCAUCACACCUGCUCACAUCAAAGUCUCAUCCAGAAGACCAGAGGCACUCGAAGAACUCUCUCUGAUGGGGAUAGAAUGUUUCUAUGACAACCAGCGCCUGGCCUCCUGGGCGGAGGUGCUGUUCCUGUGCUGCCUGCCAUGCCACCUGUCACAGGUGUGUGAUGACAUCAGAGCGCACCUGCCUCGUCACUGUGUUGUCUACAGCUUCAUCUCUACUGUUCCUGUAAAGAGGUUGUCUCAGCUGCUAGGCCACACCUCCAUCCUCAGACCAGCCUAUGAGUUUGUGUCUGGUGAUGCUGAAUGGCAGGGCUUUCCCUCUGUGAUGGCUGCUCUUAAAGAUGUGGACGUGAUCGCAGCCUCCUGUCCCUUAUCCAUGAGCUGUGGGAUGCGUCUUGGUACUGGAUGGCUGCCAGCAGUACUGUACUCCCUGCUGAACAUGUGCAAUUCUGUGAUGCCAUCAGAGGGGGCGCUAGAUCUCCUCAACCAGGUACUAGGGCUCCAGUCUGAUUCCGACCUGUCAAUUCAGCCCUUCAUCAGCCAAUCAUAUGCCUCUACUCAGUCCCCUCCAAG